AUGUUUAGAAAGAAAAAAACCAAGAAGAUCGUUAAUACCUAUUCGCGCGACUUGAAAGAACUUGGCUAUUUUAUCGACGAAGAAGGGAGACUUAGAACGCUAGAAGGCAAGUUUCAGUGGAGGUUUUUUUUUUUUUUUCAAGAAUUCAAACGUGACUCUUACAUUUAUCCCCUUUUGACGGUCAAUGCAGGUGAACCUUAUACAUUUGAAGUGAAAAAAGACAGGGAAUAUAAUGAAGGGCUGUACGACACGUUGAUAGAUAUUCUUUGUGAGUUGGCAGAAGAAAAGCUUCAGAAGGAUUGUGGAUUGAUUAAAGCGUUGGUACCAUUAGGUGCGACAGAAGAGGAUAUACAUAGCAAGAUUUUUUUAAGUCAGGAUUAUAUGACAAACGAUAAAAUGAUUAUCUUUAUCCCUGGAACAUCUCACAAAGUUGGCAUUUGGUCGAGACGAGUGCUCUCGGAUUCUUCUGUCAUGGAUGGUUCAAUGAUCACCUACACAAAACGCGCCAGGGAAUUGGGAUUUGCGAUCGUAAUUACGAACCCGAAUGAAGUGUUUUGGUAUAAGGGUAAAGGAGUAUUGAUUUUACCAAAAACGAGCGUUACGUUUGAUACUAUACCCGGAAGUGAAUCACCAGAGGCACAUGUGAAUUAUGUAUUUAAAAACUUUGUUAUACCUUCCGCCGCGGAAAAAAUAGUCGUUGUCGCAAAUAGUUAUGGAGGUCAUUGUGCAGUUGAUGCCAUUCAAAAUAACUUCGAUGCUUUGCUUGAUAAGAUUAAGGCAGUCGAAUUUACCGCAUCAACUCAUUCGAUUGAUUUUGUCAAAUCCGAUAAGAUGAAAGUUUGGAUCCGAGAGCGUUGUAGAAAUUGGCUCAUGUCCGAUCAGCCGAUCGGUCAAGAAGUCAUCGACCCUAGGUUCGGUUGCAUUUCGGUCUCAUCAGGGUCCGAACUGAAUGAGUACGUAACUUCCACGGUCAUUGAUGAGAUAUUUAACUUCAUAGAUAAACGAGUGAUCAAAGAGAUUUGGGAUGAUGUUGGAUCCGAUUUGGAAGAAGAUCCAGAACUUUUAAGUCGAGAAGCGGACAUAUUGAUUAAAAAUGAAGAUUCCUAUAAAAUUUUUUCAGACAAUGAUGAUAAGAUUGUAUUUGAAGAGGCGGGUCCUGUAAAGAGAUUGGACAGUGAACAACUUAACGAAUAUUUGAAAUGGAGACUGAAGGAUACUAAGAAUAAUAAUAAACAUGCAAAUACUAUCACAGUAGAUCAAGAAGUUGAUGGUUCAAAUUUUCUUGAUUUUACCGCAGAAGAUUUUGAAAGGUGGAAAAUACCGGGUGGACCAGCUAAAGAUAUCGAAAAGGUGAUUAAUGAAUUAAAGGAGAUCUGCAAUAAUAUCGAAUAUCCAAACUUACUUAUUCAUUUCUAUUAUGCAGGACUUUCACCAAUUGAUGAUGCAAUACGUGAAGCUAAUAGACUAUUUGAUUUUUAUUCUCAGGACCUA